AUUCUCAUCAGUGCAAACAUGAAAAACACAAAACAGUGCAGUAGGCAGAUUGAUGGGAGAAGAUAAUAUUGAAAAUUUCCUUACCCUGGAAAGUCAGAGAAAACCAUCCUAACCAUUCUAAACAGAAGAAAGAUGAGGCUGCUUCUGUAUUAUGUGGUACUGCUGGGGUCCAGUUAUGUGAUUUCCACUUACGGACCCCAUCAGAGAGCACAGAUGACUGGUGAUAUUUUACUUGGAGGUCUUUUCCCCAUACACUUUGGUGUCGCAUCCAAAGAUCAAGACCUUGCAGCUCGGCCAGAAUCCACACAGUGUGUCAGGUUCAAUUUCCGUGGUUUCCGUUGGCUCCAAGCCAUGAUUUUUGCUAUUGAUGAGAUAAACAACAGCAGCACACUCCUGCCCAACAUCACUCUCGGCUACAGGAUCUUCGACACGUGCAACACGGUUUCAAAAGCUUUGGAGGCUACUUUAAGUUUUGUGGCCCAAAAUAAGAUUGACUCGCUGAAUUUAGAUGAGUUUUGUAACUGCACGGAUCACAUCCCAUCAACCAUUGCAGUAGUCGGAGCUGCUGGGUCUGCAGUCUCUACAGCCGUCGCAAACCUGCUGGGUCUAUUUUAUAUCCCUCAGAUCAGUUAUGCCUCUUCCAGUCGCUUGCUGAGCAACAAGAAUCAGUACAAGUCCUUCAUGAGAACCAUUCCUACAGAUGAGUACCAAGCCACGGCCAUGGCAGACAUCAUCGAGCACUUCCAAUGGAACUGGGUCAUCGCUGUUGCCUCAGACGACGACUACGGACGUCCAGGGAUUGAAAAGUUUGAGAAGGAGAUGGAGGAGCGAGACAUUUGCAUCCACCUGAAUGAGCUUAUUUCUCAGUACUUUGAGGAUCAUGAAAUUAAAGCUCUGGCUGACCGGAUUGAGAACUCCACAGCCAAAGUCAUUGUUGUGUUUGCCAGUGGCCCAGACAUUGAGCCUCUGAUCAAAGAGAUGGUCAGGAGAAACAUCACAGAUCGGAUUUGGUUAGCUAGUGAAGCAUGGGCCAGCUCCUCCCUUAUUGCUAAACCAGAAUAUCUUGAUGUUGUGGCGGGAACUAUUGGCUUUGCUCUAAAGUCAGGGCGUAUACCCAGCUUUAAAAAGUUCUUACAAAACGUCCAACCAAAGAAAGACAGUCAUAAUGAAUUUGUCAGAGAGUUUUGGGAAGAAACCUUCAACUGCUAUCUGGAAGACAGCCCAAGACUCCAAGAAAGUGAAAAUGGCAGCACUAGUUUCAGGCCUUUGUGUACUGGUGAGGAAGACAUCACAAGUGUUGAGACCCCUUACCUGGACUACACACACCUUCGCAUCUCAUAUAAUGUUUAUGUCGCAGUUUAUUCUAUUGCACAAGCCCUGCAGGACAUCCUCACCUGCACACCCGGACAUGGACUUUUUGCUAACAAUUCAUGUGCAGAUAUAAAGAAAAUGGAAGCAUGGCAGGUCCUGAAACAGCUCAGACAUUUGAACUACACCAACAGUAUGGGGGAAAAGAUGUGCUUUGAUGAGAAUGCAGACCUGGCAGCAAACUACACCAUCAUAAACUGGCACAGGUCGGCUGAAGAUGGUUCUGUGGUGUUUGAGGAGGUUGGAUACUACAAUAUGCAUGUCAAGAGAGGAGCCAAACUGUUCAUUGACAAGACAAAGAUUCUUUGGAACGGAUACAGUUCAGAGGUUCCGUUCUCUAAUUGCAGUGAAGAUUGUGAACCCGGCACGAGAAAGGGGAUCAUCGACAGUAUGCCCACAUGCUGCUUUGAAUGCACUGAGUGCUCAGAUGGAGAGUACAGCAAUCAUAAAGGUGCAAAGGAUGGCAUACAUUAACAGUCUCUGCUAAUGCUACACUUUGUUAUUGUUGCGGUUUUAACACAGAUCAUGUUUUUGUUCUUUAUUUUUACAGAUGCUAGUGUUUGCACCAAGUGCCCAAAUAACUCCUGGUCAAAUGGGAACCACACAUUCUGUUUCGUGAAGGAAAUCGAGUUUCUCUCCUGGACAGAACCAUUCGGCAUAGCUUUGGCCAUAUGUGCAGUGCUGGGUAUUGUCUUGACAGCCUUUGUGAUGGGAGUCUUUGUAAGGUUUCGAAACACCCCAAUAGUGAAGGCCACAAACCGGGAACUGUCCUACGUUCUCCUGUUCUCACUUAUCUGUUGCUUCUCCAGUUCUCUUAUCUUUAUCGGAGAACCACAGGACUGGACCUGCCGUUUACGUCAACCCGCCUUUGGGAUCAGUUUUGUUCUCUGUAUCUCCUGCAUCCUGGUGAAAACUAACAGGGUGCUUUUGGUGUUUGAGGCCAAGAUCCCGACUAGUCUCCAUCGUAAAUGGUGGGGAUUAAACCUGCAGUUCCUUCUGGUAUUUCUGUGCACAUUCGUCCAAGUCAUGAUUUGUGUGGUGUGGCUUUACAACGCUCCUCCUUCUAGCUACAAGAAUCAUGACAUUGAUGAGAUAAUUUUUAUCACAUGCAAUGAAGGUUCUGUGAUGGCUCUUGGGUUUCUAAUUGGCUAUACAUGCCUUCUGGCGGCUAUAUGUUUCUUCUUUGCCUUUAAAUCUCGGAAACUUCCAGAAAACUUUACAGAGGCCAAGUUCAUUACUUUUAGCAUGCUUAUAUUCUUUAUUGUUUGGAUCUCUUUUAUCCCUGCAUACUUUAGUACUUACGGCAAGUUUGUUUCUGCUGUUGAGGUCAUUGCUAUACUGGCGUCCAGCUUUGGGAUGCUGGCCUGUAUCUUCUUCAACAAGGUCUACAUCAUCCUCUUCAAACCCUCCAGGAACACCAUCGAAGAAGUCCGGUGCAGCACCGCAGCCCACGCUUUCAAAGUGGCAGCCAAAGCUACAUUAAAACACAACACAGCUUCAAGAAAGAAGUCCAGCAGCAUUGGUGGGUCGUCAGCCUCGAGCCCGUCCUCAUCCAUCAGCCUCAAGACCAACGGAAACGACUGCGACCGAACUUCAGGGAAGCACAGGCCGAGGGUGAGCUUUGGCAGUGGAACAGUUACUCUGUCCUUGAGCUUUGAGGAAUCGAGAAGGAGUUCUUUGAUCUAAAAGCAUAUAAGUGGAUGUUUUAAACUCCAGUUUCAUCAAUCCCAAUUAUUAGGACUGUAUUUUGGACUUUAUUUUAAGAUUCAUUAACAUGUAGAUUUUAUUGUCUUUCCGUUGUCUUCUUCAGAUUUUGGCAGAAAUAUAAUGUGCUACUUGCAGAAAACACACUGUACACUGUUCACAAAUCCUGUGAAUUUGAAUAUUUUCAGCAUAAACCUAAUGUACACUAAGUCUGCUAAAAACAAAAUAUUUUGUACAAUUAAAAACAUUACAUGUAACAAGUUUGAUGUUUGCUCUUGGGAGGGUUUUUCACUCAUCUACACAUUGGAGAAAACACCUCAG